AUGUCUAUGGCAGCAGUAGGGAUUGAUGGAGAGUUUCUAAUCUCCAGACCUGAGCGACUUAACCCACCAGGGUCCAGAUCUCAGCCCGGAGCUCCGGUUCUCCUUCCGGAGCUGGGGGCGCCCUCGCCCUCAGCUGUGCCUGGUCGGGCGGGGCCGCAACAGGUGCGCGGCCUCCCUGCUCCCCCGCCGCCUGCCUUGCCGUUACCUGCAGCGGCGGCCGCCGAGGUCUCCCAGAGCCCGGGAGGGAGCUUCCCGAGCCCGGCCGACGUUCGCGUGGUCCCUACAGGAGCUGACAGUGCCUUCCCGAGCUCGGGGCGCGGCUCUGCCGAAGCCGCCGUGCUCCCUGGUCCCGACCCCCUGCGCCACCCCCGCCCGUGCGCCGUUUUGCGUUGCACGUCACUUUUUGGUCCCUCCCUCUUGCCGUCCGCCGGGCCCCGCCCGCCCGUCCCCGGUUGUCAGGGCAACCCGAGCGACGCCCGCCGAGGACAGGCGUUAGGAGGGCGGCGCCGCCAGGGCUGGGCCCGUGGGGCCCCGAGAGCAGAUGACCAUGGAGCCCGACACCUGAAGUUGCAGUCAUCUUGGAUUCUCGUUACCACAGCAGCCCUCACACAUGCCCUGGUCACCAGCACAUCUGUCUAUUCUGCUGCCGAAGCGAACCCAGGAUGUGCUUCCGUCCGUCCCUCCCUCCCCGCUGGCAUCAGUACCAUCUUGCGUGACCAGAUGACCGUGGUGACUUUUGACCAGAACCCUGCUUGUCAUGUUCUUGUCACCUACCCACCCAUCCCCCUGGUCCUCCACUACAACCUCUCCUGGGGUUGCAAAAAUGGCUCUUGCAGAGCACCUAGUUCAGUACCAAGCAUGGACAUGGGGGCUCACCACGGUCUUGUUCACUCUAAUUCCACGAGGUUCCAUAGCGCCCUCUUCUGGUCGCUACAGGCUCCUGUACACAAAACCGUGCCACUCUUAAAGCCGCAUCCUCCUGUCGUGGGCAAGGUGACUCAUCACAGCAUCGAACUGUACUGGGAUCUGGAAAAGAAAGAGAAACGGCAAGGACCGCAGGAGCAGUGGCUUAGGUUCUCCAUCGAAGAGGAGGACCCCAAGAUGCACAGCUAUGGUGUCAUUUACACGGGUUAUGCGACAAAGCAUGUGGUUGAGGGCCUAGAACCAAGGACGCUGUACAAAUUUCGACUGAAGGUCACCAGCCCCUCUGGAGAAUAUGAGUACAGCCCAGUCGUCUCGGUGGCUACGACCCGGGAGCCCAUAAGUAGCGAACACUUUCAUCGUGCUGUCAAUGUGAACGAUGAAGAUCUCCUGCUUCGAAUUUUGGAAGGAGGCCAUGUCAUGAUUGACGUGCCCAACAAGUUUGGCUUUACCGCUCUCAUGGUUGCUGCUCAGAAAGGCUACACCAGGCUUGUGAAGAUCCUAAUUUCCAAUGGCACAGAUGUGAAUCUGAAGAACGGAAGUGGCAAAGACAGUCUCAUGCUUGCAUGUUAUGCGGGGCACCUGGAUGUUGUCAAAUACCUCCGAAGACACGGAGCUUCUUGGGAGGCUAGAGACCUCGGAGGCUGCACAGCUCUGCACUGGGCUGCAGAUGGAGGCCAUUGCUCCGUGAUUGACUGGAUGAUAAAGGACGGUUGUGAGGUAGAUGUUGUUGACACUGGUUCAGGAUGGACGCCACUCAUGAGAGUCUCCGCUGUGACAGGAAGCCAGAAGGUGGCCUCACUCCUCAUCGAGGCUGGGGCUGACGUGAAUGUCAAGGACAAAGAUGGAAAGACGCCGCUCAUGGUCGCUGUCUUAAAUAAUCACGAACAGUUAGUUCAGCUACUCCUUGAUAAAGGGGCAGACGCAACUGUGAAAAAUGAGUUUGGCAAAGGUGUCCUAGAAAUGGCCAGAGUUUUUGACAGACAGAAUGUACUUUCCUUACUAGAAGAAAGGAAAAAAAAGAUGCCAAGGAAAUCCUCUGUCCACUGAGCAGAGUGCUACUCAUCUGAGAGACCGACCUGAGCGAAGAGUGACCUGUGACCACCGGGCGGAACACAUGGCGUGCAGCAUCUCUGAGGGCGAGAUGUUUAUUUAUUUAGUUGAAG